ACGACAUGCGAUUGGUAAAAUCCUCGUCCAUUAACACUUUCACUCGUUCAAUCACGAUUGAGAAUUGCCUUUGUGUUAAAUGGUCGGCAGUCCUACCAUCAACCAUCGCAGUGAUUCAAUCUGAUGAGCUUUCCCAAACGCUCCUAAUUGAUGGUUGGCAAUGAGAAUGUCGAAGAUUGUCUUGGAAUUUUGUAUCUUCUCAGGCACAUUGUUUUAGCUACGAAUACAUACAGGGGUGAUUUGCGUUCAAUUCGGGUCUUUCAAGUGGUGGAUUCCUGUUUUCCAUGUAACAGCAGCUUGAUAGCACCCUUCAGUCACACGGAGAAAAUAUGAUUUGUCGGACGAGAGCCUACCGUGGUGGUUGGGAUUAUAAUUUUCUGCGUUUAUUCCCCUGCAUCUUUUUGCCUCGUGCUACACAAGGUACUCAUGAAUCUAGUUUUGGGCAUUGAUAUCUGUGCCGCCUGUCAUCUAUUCAAUAACGCAAAUCAUUUCCAUGAUUGCGAAUACUAAAGGCAAAAGUGACUCAAGCAUUGGCCUUUCCAUAACAUAGCCUUUUGGAAUCUUCUCCUUUUUCUUCCUUUUCCCUUCAUUCUCCCAUUCCUCUCGACAGCAUUAUUCUGCUAUCACGAAAGCCUGAACACAGAAAAGUCAUGGAAACGUCAAAGCCUACCAACAAUGACGUCCCUUAUGGAUGUAGACUUCUCCCGCAGCUAGUUGAUGAAAAGGCUGAAAGUCAUCCAACCCAACUAAUGGGUAUGAUUGCAAAAUCAUCGGAUCUUUCACAUGGAUUCUUCGAAUUCACCUACAAAGAUAUUGCAAAUGCUGUUAACUUCAUGUCUUGGUGGUUGUUACAGAAGCUGGGACCACCAAGCGAGGACAAGAACACAAUAGCCUACGUAGUAUGUUUUCUCGAACCGUAUAUUGGAGGCACUAAUAAUAAAUAUAUAGGGAAUCACUGACUUCAGAUACCUCGUUAUGGAGCUUGCUGCCAUAAAAAUUCGAUAUAUCGUAAGUGAAAUUGCUUGAUAAAUUGUUUGUAUAGACUGAACGUAGGAAUCGCAGAUUCUAAUUCCAUCGAUUCGUAACUCGCAAGAAAACUUUGCCGGUUUAUUCAAUAAAACUAAUGUUAAUGGCCUUUUCUUCUCCAGCAAACUGCCCAUAAACAUAACAGGACUAGUACAUCUGAGACCGGCCAUGAAAGCUUUCGAGAUACCAGAGUUUGAUGAGAUGACCCAGGAAGAAGGCCCCCCUUAUCUUUACAGCAAGACUUGGGACGAAGCAAAAGACGAUAUAAUCAUCUGCCACCAUACAUCUGGGACUACUGGAUUACCAAAGCCAAUUUACCAUACUCAUAGAUUCUACUCUGUUCUGGACGCAUUGAGGAAAUUACGCCACAUCAAAUCAGACGCUGAACCAUUUGGGAUAUUUCUCAUUGGCGAGGUUCCAAAUACUCGUGUCUAUUAUGGCAUGCCUUUCUUUCAUUUCGGUGGGUGCGCAUCUGUAUUUUCUGCAUUGUUUAAUGAAGCUGUUGCCGUCCUUGGGCCUACCGACAGCCUAGUCAACGCCAAAUUGGUCUGCGAUAUUGUAAGAAAGGCCAGAUGUCGCGUAAUUGUCCAGGUCCCUUCAAUCACGGAUGAUAUUGCAAAAUACUUCUACCGAGAAUUUUUAGAAUUGCUUCCUGAUUUAGAAAUCAUUAUCAGUUCUGGUGGACCUCUUUCGGCUACCACAGGUGAUCUCCUUGCUUCCAAAGUCAGAUUGGGGCAAGUUUAUGGUUCAACCGAAGCAGGAUCACUUGCUCAGCAAGAAACAAGCGACGAGGAUUGGGGGUGGAUGAGAUUUAACUUUGAUAUUGGAGGUCUGAAAAUGGAACCACUUGAGGAUGAUCCUGGAAGAUAUGAGCUUGUUAUACGCAAAGUACCACAAGAUGCUUGGGUCCAAGGAGUAUUUGCAAUUUUCCCCAGUCUUGAAGAGUGGAGAACAAGGGACGUUUUUGAGAAACAUUCAAGCAAGCCACUUUACAGAUUUUCUGGUCGUAUUGAUGACGUUAUAGUUCUUUCAAACGGAGAGAAGUUGAAUCCGGUCAGGAUGGAAAUCAUCAUAUGCGCGCAUGAACUGUUAACUGGGGCUCUAGUCAUUGGUCUCGGAAGAACACAAGUUGCACUACUUGUUGAGUCAAAGGAAAUCCUUCCUGACUCAAUUCUCAUUGAUGCCGUAUGGCCUAUGAUCGAACAAGCAAACGAGGCGGCUCCAGGUCAUGGGAGAAUUCUUAGAAAUAUGAUUCUAGUCGCUAGGUCCGAGAAGCCAUUUCAACGAACAGGAAAGGGGUCAAUUAUAAGAGCUCGAACAAUCGCGUUAUAUGAACAGGAAAUUGAUCUUCUCUACACUACUUCAAUCAAAUCAAUCAAUGUGGGCUCUUGGGGUAGUUUCCCCACUGCUCCGUUGAUGCAGAUUCCCUUUGAAACCUUUCAACAAUUUAUCAAUGAUUGUGUGGUAUAUCUUCAACGUUUAUCAAAAGCAAUAACGGUUGGAGCCAACAACGAAAUUCUACCUGCGGAUGACGACUUUUCCGUCCUCGGCCUAGAUUCCCUUAAGAUUACUCAACUGUCCAACAUGAUUCAAUCAAGUUUCCAACCUCUUGUGCCUACCGCUCAACUCUCGAAUCUCACAACAAGAUUCAUCUACGAAAAUUCAACAAUAAAAAGGCUUUCUAUAGCUAUUUUCAAAAUGACAUACCCACCCAAAUGCGUUUCGGAAGAGCUCGGUCGCCUAGAAAAGAAUUCUCUUGCGCUCGCCUCGGCUAAUAAAUAUUUGGAAGAGCUUAUUCGGAAUUAUUCCAGUGAUUUCCCAGCCAAAGAAGCAAAAAAAAUCAACAAGCCUCAUGGUGAAGGUCUUCAUGUACUUCUCACCGGGUCGACGGGCUACCUAGGAUACUACCUUCUCAAAGCUCUAACCGGCGACUCCAAUGUCGCAAAGAUCUUAUGCUUUGAUCGUGGUUCGAAGGAGCCGAGGAACAAUGUCAUGGCAGAGUUCGGUGACUUGGACGGGGUGGCGAAGGUCCAGUUUGUCAAGGUAUCUUUUGGGGAACCAAGAUUUGGCUUGACUCCUGCCGCCCAUCAAAGCUUUCUUGAUACUGUUGAUGUUAUCAUACACAAUGCUUGGCCUGUCGAUUUUAAUUUAUCGAUUAAGUCUUUCGAAAAGGUUCAUAUUGCGGGUAUUCGAAAUUUCAUAGAUUGGUCCAUAUUAUCUCCACGCAAAGUCACAAUUCAAUUCGUGAGCUCUGUAGGGUCAUUUGGGAACUGGUCAUCUCUUCGGCCCAAAACACCUGUUUCUGAGGAGGUAUUCACCGAUGGCAAAUUGCCAACGCUAGGCUAUGGACAGUCCAAGUUCGUAGCGGAGAAUAUACUGAAUAACGCUGCAAAGCAAUGUGGUAUCUCAAUUGAUAUAUUGAGAUGUGGCCAACUUGGUGGCCCAGUUGGUGACGGAAAGAAGAAGUGGAACACUCGAGACUGGUUUCCGAUUUUGAUGCAAACUUCCAAAGCUCUGGGAUUGAUACCAAGUGAUCUUGGAGCACAAAAUCUUGUGCAGUGGAUUCCAAUUGAUAGUGUAUCACAAAUUAUAAUUGAGUUGAUGCAUGAAAGUGGUACGAGAGAAGGCUUGACAACUUUCAAUCUCAUCAAUCCCUCAUUUGCCAAUUGGACGGACCUUCUUCCUACGGUCAAAGAUGUACUCGAGGUUACCGAAGAAGCUUCGUUUCAAGAUUGGCUCAAAGAACUUAAGAAACAUGAUGCUAAAUCAAGAGAUGAACUCGAGAAAUAUCCUGCACUUAAGCUUUUGAGCUUUUAUGAAUGGGUAGCUAGUGAGGAGCAAUUGGUUAUAGUUAGUGAUAAUGCGAAAGCUGCGAGUGCUUCCUUUAGGGGAUUGAGUCCAACUAGCAAGGAAGUGAUUGGAAGAUGGGUGAAUGAUUGGGGAUUUUAAGGUGACGGGAUUCUUUAAGUGAUAGUUAUUUCUUGGAUCAAGAAUAUUAACUAUGCCCUUUCAAACUUAUCGCCCACUGUUCAGAAUUGUGUUCAAAGCUUUCUAGAUUU